AUGAAGAAGAAUGUUGAAAAUUUGAUGGAUGAUUUGAAAAAGGCUGCUGAGGAAGUGAAAGUUGAAGUUGUGAAAAAAAAAGAAGCUGUUAUUGAAGAGCAGCAGAAAGACGAUGAUCUGAAGAAGAAGAAGAAGAAGAAGAAAGGAGAAGAUGAUGUGAAGGUUGAAAGUUCGGUUGAAGAUGAUAGUGCUGUUGUUGGUGAGGAACAGAAGAAGAGUGAAACUGAUCAGAAACAAACGAAAGAGAAAACCGAGGUGCCAAUCACUGAGUAUUCAAUUAAGCAACAAGUUGUAAACUCUUAUAUUGAGGAUGUUGCUAAGCUAAAGCGUCAAAUAACUGAUUUAGAACAAGAUAACAACAAGUUACAUAGCUAUCAUGCUUCAUCAUAUGUGCUUGAACGUAUUUUCAACUUAAAGUCGGGUGAUGAUGAUUCUGAGAAAAACAAGAAAAGAAUUGGCUAA